UCUCUACAGACAGGUUCACUCUACUGCUACUGCCUCUGGCUAUUUACCGGCGCCGCUGUCGCCGCCGCUGACUCUGUGACAGGAGGCUGCUCGCUCGUCAUGGCUCGCCCUGGCCACGCCCUGGCGCUGCUGCUGGUGGCAGUCGCCGUCCUCCUGCACAGCUCCGUCGCCGCGGCACCGGCGAACGAGUCGGCCGUGGUCCUGGCCGUGGUCAAGGUGCUGCUGAACUCGACGCGACCCUCGGACGAGAGCUUCCUGGUCGACCCCACGGUGCUGUGUGCACUGCGCCUGGCACCGGUGCACAACCUGCGCAUGGAGCGCUCCUUCCUCAAGCAGCUGCUGGCGCGCCUCGCCGACCUGCACCUCGACCGCAGCUGCCCGGGGCAGGUGACCGACCCGGACGAGAGGCCCCGUCGCGGCGAGGCCGUCCCGUCGGGGCUGCUGGCGCUGAUGGUGCUGGCGCUGAGGGCCUCGUGCCUGCCCGUGGAGGCCAUGCGCCUGGGCUGGGUCCGCGUCGACCUCCUCGGCAUCCUGGACCAGCGGCUCGACGAGGAGCGGCGCAGCGUUGCGCUGGCUGGGAGGCCGCUCACCACCUACUACCAGUAUGCGCUCGCCACGCAGGCGCUGUGCAUCCUCAACGCCAGCGUGGACCCCGACGCCGUGGAGAAGCUCGCGAGCUGGGCCCUGCUCCAGGGGUCUGGCGACGGGCCCCACUCCCUCGACGAGGCAUCCCAGGCGCUGGUGGCGCUGUCGUGCCUCAAGGGGACUCCGCUCCUGCGGCCCCCCACGCUCGCCACUGCCGUGGCCGCGGCAGCCCAGAGCCUCGCCUCGCUGCUGCUGGGGCAUCGCUCGGGAAACGGAGCCAUCGGCAACAUCUACAGCACCGCCCUCGCCGUACAGGCCCUGCAGGCUGCCCAAGGGAGCGGGGUGAACGUGAGCGGCUGGGACGGGGGCAACGCCUCCCGCACCUUCCUCUUCGCCGCCGCCGUGGCCGGGGAGUUCAACGCCUCCCCUGGGGCCCUGGCCCAGCUGCUGCCCACGCUGCUGGGCACCACCUACCUGGCCGUGCCGCGCAUCACCUGCGUGGGUGACGACGACAGCGUCCACGACCUGCACAGCGAGCUGACGCUGAGCCCGCCCGCCGGCAACUCGUCGUGGCCCAUCGGAGUGACCUACCAGGCCACCGACGGCCUGGGCCACACCUUCGACAACAGUGUCCACGUGACCGUGCCCAGCGGCUCCAACCUCCUGCGCGUGCUGGAGGCCGCCCAGGCACAGAACGCCCUCCAGUUCAGCUUCAAGACCAAGCCGUCGAGCUUCGGGCCCUACCUGGUGCAGGUGAACGGACUCGUGGCGGACUCGGCCCUGCACCAGUACUGGCAGCUGCUGGAUGCUCCCAGCACCCCGCUGGACAAAGGGCUGAGGGACUACAUUGUGUCUGAUGGACAACACCUCAUCGCCAAUCUCACCACGUGGUAGAUGCAGCGUGGGGAGGGGGGGCACGACGCCGGUCAACGUUCAACAAACGUCAGGAGACGGGGACUUGACUGCGGGGCUCCCUCGCUGUGCUACGUCAUCGUCGCCUCUCAUCUCAUUGGCCCCCAGCUGUGGCCCCCCCUCCCCCCUGGUGGCAGCUGUCCCUGUGCUGCUGCUGCAAGGCGAACGUGGCAGUGGGAGCGUCAUAAUCGCAGCCGUGACGUCAUCGUCUUAAUCGCAGCAGUGACGUCAUCGUCAUAAUCGCUGCCGUGACGUCAUAAUCGCUGCCGUGACGUCAUCGUCAUAAUCGCAGCCUUGACGUCAUCCUCGCCGUUAUUAAUAGUGGGCCAUGAUCGGUCCACUGCUGUAUCAAUUCCUCCCCCUCCCCUCCCACCAAAGGCAGCCUCACGGUCUUGGCGAGAAGUGACGACCCCACAGAUUCCCAUUCACAUCCAUAGAUUAUAUUCGUACAUGACGAUGCAUGUGACAUAAUCAAACAUUAAAAGUUUUGUAUUCGCUG